GGACUAUUUGUCGCGGGGAGCUAGGUCCGGCCGCAGCCAUUCGGAUCUCCGCCGCCUCCGCCAGCGCCAUUUCGGGAGCCGCCGCCGCCUCUGCGCGACGGGAACGCGGGCAGCUCAGUCCUUCUCCGCCGCCUCGGCCCAGCGCCCCGAUGGCGACCUCCGUGGGGAACGUGGCCGACAGCACAGAACCAACGAAACGUAUGCUUUCCUUCCAAGGGUUAGCGGAGUUGGCUCAUCGUGAGUAUCAGGCAGGAGACUUUGAAGCAGCAGAGAGACACUGCAUGCAGCUUUGGAGACAAGAGCCUGAUAAUACUGGUGUGCUUUUAUUGCUAUCGUCUAUUCACUUCCAGUGUCGCAGAUUGGACAGGUCUGCUCACUUCAGCACUUUGGCUAUUAAACAGAACCCACUGCUGGCCGAAGCCUACUCAAAUCUGGGCAACGUGUACAAGGAACGUGGGCAGCUGCAGGAAGCCAUCGAGCACUACAGGCACGCGCUGCGCCUCAAACCAGAUUUCAUUGAUGGAUACAUUAAUCUGGCUGCUGCGCUGGUAGCUGCAGGAGAUAUGGAAGGAGCAGUGCAGGCGUACGUGUCUGCCCUUCAGUACAACCCUGACUUGUACUGUGUUCGUAGUGACCUGGGGAACCUGCUCAAAGCCCUGGGUCGCUUGGAAGAAGCCAAGGCCUGUUACUUAAAAGCAAUUGAGACUCAACCAAACUUUGCAGUGGCAUGGAGUAAUCUUGGCUGUGUUUUCAAUGCCCAAGGAGAAAUCUGGCUCGCCAUUCAUCACUUUGAAAAGGCUGUAACGCUUGACCCAAACUUUUUGGAUGCAUACAUCAAUCUAGGAAAUGUCCUGAAGGAGGCAAGAAUAUUUGACAGAGCUGUAGCAGCUUAUCUUCGAGCCUUGAGUUUGAGUCCAAACCAUGCAGUUGUACACGGCAACCUUGCUUGUGUGUAUUACGAGCAAGGCCUGAUAGACCUAGCAAUAGACACCUAUAGGAGGGCUAUUGAACUACAGCCUCACUUCCCUGAUGCCUAUUGCAACUUGGCCAACGCCUUGAAGGAGAAGGGCAGUGUGGCUGAAGCAGAAGAAUGCUACAAUACAGCUCUUCGACUUUGUCCCACUCAUGCAGAUUCUCUCAACAAUCUGGCGAACAUCAAACGGGAGCAGGGGAACAUUGAGGAAGCUGUCCGCCUUUAUCGGAAGGCUCUGGAGGUGUUUCCAGAGUUUGCUGCUGCACAUUCAAAUUUAGCAAGCGUUCUCCAGCAGCAAGGAAAGUUACAGGAAGCUCUGAUGCAUUACAAAGAGGCAAUUAGAAUCAGCCCCACGUUUGCAGAUGCUUACUCGAACAUGGGAAAUACUUUGAAGGAAAUGCAGGACGUUCAGGGAGCUCUACAGUGCUACACCCGUGCCAUUCAGAUUAACCCAGCUUUUGCUGAUGCCCAUAGCAACCUGGCAUCUAUUCACAAGGAUUCAGGGAAUAUACCAGAAGCCAUUGCUUCCUACCGCACCGCUCUGAAACUGAAGCCUGAUUUCCCUGAUGCCUACUGCAACUUGGCUCACUGUCUGCAGAUUGUCUGUGACUGGACAGACUAUGACGAAAGGAUGAAGAAGCUGGUUAGCAUUGUGGCUGAUCAGCUGGAGAAGAACAGACUGCCUUCUGUCCACCCUCAUCACAGCAUGCUGUAUCCCCUUUCUCACAGCUUUAGGAAGGCUAUUGCUGAGAGACAUGGAAAUCUGUGUUUGGACAAGAUUAAUGUUCUUCACAAGCCGCCAUACGAGCAUCCAAAGGAUUUGAAGGCCAGUGAAGGUCGACUUCGCAUCGGUUACGUGAGCUCUGAUUUUGGAAACCAUCCAACAUCACACCUCAUGCAGUCCAUCCCCGGCAUGCAUAACCCAGACAAAUUCGAGGUAUUCUGCUAUGCCCUGAGUCCUGAUGAUGGUACAAACUUCCGUGUGAAAGUGAUGGCAGAAGCAAAUCACUUUGUUGACUUAUCUCAGAUACCAUGUAAUGGGAAAGCUGCAGACCGCAUCCAUCAGGAUGGGAUAAACAUUCUGAUUAACAUGAAUGGCUACACCAAGGGAGCCCGGAAUGAGCUGUUUGCUCUGAGACCAGCACCUAUUCAGGCAAUGUGGUUAGGCUAUCCUGGAACCAGUGGGGCACUGUUCAUGGAUUACAUCAUCACAGAUAAAGAAACAUCUCCAGUUGAGGUGGCUGAGCAGUAUUCAGAGAAAUUAGCUUACAUGCCAAACACCUUCUUUAUUGGAGACCAUGCCAACAUGUUCCCCCAUCUGAAGAAAAAAGCAGUCAUUGAUUUCAAAUCCAAUGGGCAUAUUUAUGAUAACAGAAUUGUUCUGAAUGGCAUCGACUUGAAGGCUUUCUUGGACAGCCUCCCUGACGUCAAGAUUGUUAAGAUGAAGUGUCCUGAUAGUGGAGACAGUGCAGACAGCAACGCUGCCCUCAGUAUGCCAGUCAUUCCUAUGAACACAAUUGCAGAAGCUGUGAUUGAGAUGAUUAAUCGUGGACAGAUUCAGAUAACCAUCAAUGGCUUCAACAUUAGUAAUGGACUAGCAACUACUCAGAUUAACAACAAAGCAGCAACUGGAGAAGAAGUUCCACGGACCAUCAUCGUUACCACCCGUUCCCAGUAUGGCUUACCAGAGGAUGCUGUUGUAUACUGCAACUUCAAUCAGCUGUACAAGAUUGACCCUUCCACGCUGCAGAUGUGGGCUAAUAUCCUAAAAAGAGUUCCAAACAGCGUGCUGUGGCUGCUGCGCUUCCCGGCUGUAGGAGAACCCAACAUUCAGCAGUAUGCCCAAAACUUGGGUCUUUCCCAGAACAGAAUCAUCUUUUCUCCCGUUGCCCCUAAGGAAGAACACGUGAGGAGAGGGCAGCUGGCUGAUGUCUGCCUGGACACUCCGCUCUGCAACGGGCACACAACGGGCAUGGAUGUGCUCUGGGCUGGGACUCCUAUGGUCACUAUGCCAGGUGAAACACUCGCAUCACGAGUCGCUGCCUCCCAGCUUACUUGCCUUGGUUGUCUUGAGCUUAUUGCAAAAAGUAGGCAGGAGUAUGAGGACAUUGCUGUGAAACUGGGGACUGAUCUGGAAUACCUGAAAAAAAUACGUGGCAAAGUGUGGAAGCAGAGAAUAUCCAGUCCUUUGUUCAACACCAAGCAGUACACGAUGGACCUGGAGCGGCUCUAUCUGCAGAUGUGGGAUCACUAUGCUGCUGGCAACAAGCCGGACCACAUGAUCAAACCAGUGGAAGCCAGCGAAUCUGCAUGAAGAGACUUGUCUGCCCACCCAGACCUGUCCAGGAACUGAGCCUCUCCAACACUUGUGCAGAGAUGAUGAGCUAAAAACUGUGCAUUUCUACUUAAUCUGCCUGGUACUCUAUGGCUGAAGUGAUACAUGAUGGUAAUUAGAGCACAGCCAGACAUAUUUCUUGCAUGAUAGGGAAAGACUCUAUAGAGCCUGGGAUCCUUUUAUUCCAUGAGGAAUUGGAAUGGGGUUGAACCGUGUGAGCCUAGAUGUGUGAGAGACGUGGCGGUUGGUGGGGGGAGUUGGACCUGCCCAACCAAUUAUGAUUCCUUGGAUUUGAUGCAAUCUUCUGACGCGUUUGUCUCCUCUUACGGAUUGGGAAUUGGAGCCUUUUAACGUUUGAUUUGGGUACUCCUGUUGGUAUACGUGUGGUUCUCCCAUGGCGAGAUUUCCAGCUAGCGAGUGUUGCUCCCUGCAUUCAUUUCUAAACUGUGCGGACUGAAGGGCAUAUUUGCUGGUGUAGUCUUUUUUUAUAGGUUUUAUAAACCACUUGAGCCUAUAUCAGCCUUUCAAUGUUUGACCUCUGUUUUGGAGCUCUGUAAUGUGUUGGUUUAGAUAAGGACUUCGUUUUUGUUUUGUUUCUAAGCUUCUCCAAUAACUCAGCUAAUUGGCUUCAUGAUGGCAGCUCCUCUUCUGUUAGAAAACCAAAUUCGAUUUUAAAUGAAUCCUCCCCCAAAGUGUUUGAGGUAAAACACAAACUGGUGCCAAAUACAGAUCUUUCAGGAAUGAUUGUUAAUUAUAUAGAGAGGGCGCAGUCCUACGUACUGUAGCGAAGACUUCAAACAAAAAAUAAAGCUUUGGUUUGCCA